CCUGUGCAACAAUCCGUACACCAUCACAGUUAACACACGAGCACUUUCGAGAAACAUUCGAAAACAGGUUAGUAAUUUUAUUUUUGUUAAUUUUAGUCACGUGUUAGUAGUGUUUUUGAUCUUCUUACGAGUGUAAGAAAAACACUUCCUUAUGUAUGUAUUUUUAAGUAUUUAAAUCCGUGUUUUUUUUUUUUUUUUUUUGUCGUAAAUUUUCCUAAAAGGAACCAUAAAUCUACAAUUCUACACAUUAAGUUUAUAGAACGAAUACAUAAUACUUCUAUAGACUCAUAAAUUAAACAAAAUAUUGUAUGGACAGGUAUGUUUGUGUUUAUUAGGUAUUGUCUAUCAAGAGAAUUUUUUUUCCAUUCAGUAAUGUUAUGUAGCAUAUAUUUUCGAUUUUGUAUGAGAAACGUAAAAUAUUCCUACCGAGAUUUUAAUAAUCGAAUAUUCGGAAAAUAAAUUAUAUUCGAAAUUUCGAAUGUGUAAUCGAUAAAUAGGAACAGUCAUGAUAAUAAAAAGUUCGAAUAAAAUUCAUUGUUUAUACUUCACAAUUUAUAAGUAUAAGAAUAAAUAUAAUUCAAGAAUAUUGAUGCGAUGUUUAAAGAUUUAAUGUGAAUCGUCUGUAUACACGUCCCACUACGGGUACACUAUUAAAUUAAUCAACGUGAUCGUUUUCUUUUCCGCAUUGAAUUCAUAAUCGCGAUUGAAGAGUUUAUUUAUUUCGGACACACGACGAUGAAAUAUAAUUUCUUUGCCAUGUUUGGAGAAGAAUUGUAAACAAACGGUGUGAUAAAAAAACAAAUGUUAUUGUUGUCUAUAGGAAAACAAGAAUAAUUUAAGUCAAAUCAUUUUAAGGUAUUUAACGAAAAUCGUAAACACAUGCUUAUAGUUGUAUUUCAAUAAUAUUGCGGUAUGCAUAUAUUUUAAUAUAUAAUAUUACGCUUGGUUAUAGUAUUAUUUUUAAUUUCAUAAUUUCAGAUACUGUAGUUUAAUAAACGUUUUAUAAACACGUGUUUUUUUUUAGAAAUCAUUUUUUCGGUUAGUAAAAAAUGCUCAGAGUUUUUUCAUGGCGUGACACGGAUUUUCACUUAAUGGUACUUUAUUAGAAAAACGUUGAGAUUCCAAUACUAUUUCUUAAAAAUUCCGUUUUUUUUAACACUUAUUGGUGAGUAAAAUACUCUUAGUUUUUUCACACAGUACCUAUCUUAAAAAAUGCGCAAUUUUUGGGUGGCAGUAUUUUAUUUGAAACAUAGUAUUCAAAUAAUAAUCAAAAUGUACAACAGUUCACCUCCUUGGUUCUAUAUUUGAUUUUGAUUUUUGUUUAUUUCUGGGUUACCUUAAAAAAAAAAUAUAAAAAAAUACCCGGAACACCAAUCUACAGUCUGAUACUGGGGAUGGGUGUGCCAUUGUUGUAGGUGGGAAGUUCAGAAGGUAGGAUACAUAAAUUUAUUUAAUUUAUAUCUGCAAGCAACAAUAAAACAUUACCAACGAUAAACGAUUCUGAGUGAAAUUCGUUUGUACAUAAUUUGAAAGGCCGUAAUAUUUAAGAUUUUCACCAACAUUUAAUCUUAAAAAUGUUAUAAAAAACAUUUACUACAUUACACGAUUAAUACUACUACACUCAGGAUCGUUUUUCAUUUGCAAUGAUUAAUUAUCUUUCAUUUUGUAUAUAAAACAAAAUUACCCUUUACAUUAUAAUUUCCCAACCUAACCUUAUUGGUGCAAAAUUUGUCCCGUUUUUUUUUAAACAUUAUAAUAAUUAACGAUUGUUAGGUUAUUGGAACGAUUAAUGAAUAACUUGUUAUAGUUUUCAGCCAAACAAAUUCGCUUAAGAAACGCCAAGGACAAUAUAGCAAAAUUACAUUAUUUGAACUAAAUUGUGGCGGUAACUUUGAAAUUAGAGUUUGUGUACAAAUAACGAAAUUUAAAGAAGAGAAUAUUUUUGAGAGUAUUUAUUUAAAUAACUACCAUACAGAAGACUUGUUAGUUUUUGUAUGUUUUUUUUUAAAAUAGCUGAAACUUUUUUACAUGGCAAUUUUUUAGCAAAAAUUUACAUAUACAUGACCAACAUACUCAUACUAUAAGUUCACAAUAAAUUAUAAUAGGGUUCAUUUAUUGUUUUUAGUAAACCUUUAUUUGAGAUCGAUUAAACAUUUACUUGUGUAUAAUAACAGAAACUUGUAAACAAAUAGUAAAGUUGUUUCUAACAUUUGAAACAUUGGGCUUUUUUAUAUAUCCCGGGUUUAUGAAUACAAUAUUAUGUAAACAUUAAACAAAUGUGUUGUUCGUAUCAAGGACAGUGCACACGACUACGAUUAAUAGAGUAUUCUUUGAUAGCAUAUAAUAAUAUAAACAACUAUAGUAAAAAGUAUACAAAAUUUAUACACGAAAUUUAGUGAUGGUUUACAGUAUUAUAGUUAUGGAUGAUUUUAUAAUAAGAUGCAAAAAUGAAAGAUAAUGUGUAUUAUAAGUACAAUACAAAUACUUUGGUGCCAUGUAUUUUGUAAAAUGUCCAUGCACAAAAGAAACUAAAUUAUUAUUUGUUUAUUUAUUUUUGUUUUAUAUAGAAAAUUUAUUAUAUUAUCAACUCGAAUUAACCAAAGGAAAUUACAAAAAAACUACACUUAUUGAAUUGCUGCAAUAAUGAUUUUGCAACUUACCGACGAUCAGUUGAAAACGAUCCGGAAUACUUGUCCGAGGUCACAGGCCGAAAUAGAUCAGGAUAUAGCCAUCGUAAGACAUUGGUUAGAUAAACAACCACAUCUACCCAAAACUAGUAAGUAUACUAUAUAAUAGAUUAGAUUAGUUUAGAUUGGAUUUGACGAUCACUUAAAGUAUUUAUUUUUAAAGCAAAUAAAAUAAGCAUUAUCUUAUUAUAACGUGGAUAAAUGCUGAAGUUGUGUCUGAUGGUAAAAAUAAAAGAUGAACGUAUAAUGUCGUAAUUUGUAAGUGUUUAAAUUCAAAUCUAUGAACAAAUUCGUUAAAAAUAUACUUAUUUAUUUUGAAAUUGAAUUUUUCAAAAAAAGUUUAACCGAAAUCUGCUCAGAAUUGUAUAGUUUUUUGUUUUCAAUAAUUUAACGUUAAUUAUCCACCUAUUAUUUUAUGUAUUUUUAGUUUUUGAGCAUAGUGAUAAAUGUAAUUGUUUUAUAUGAUACAUUCUGUAUUUAUUUUUUAUUUUGCGUAUCUGCAGAGUACAUUUUUUUCUUGUACCUUUUCGAUAUAUUAUUUUGAAACGAUUUCAAUGUAGAAUAAUAUAAAUAAUUAAAAUUAUAUUCCGAACUAAUGAAAUAUAAAUUGGAUGAUUAUUAAGCAUUAAUAUUAUUAUUAAUCCAUAUGUUCCGGCAUAUUUAUAAAGCAACUUUAUACGUUAAAAAAUAUCUGUUUUUAUUUAUUUGCACGCAAGGAACUAUACGAUUUCAGUACCUAUAUAAUUUAAUACUUACGCAAUAAUAAUAAAUAUUUAUAAGUCAAGGAUAAGAGAAUUUAUAAAUUAUUAUAAUAUUAUCGUAUUAUAAUCACGUGCAGAGGUAUUCAUAUUGAAAUUGAUAUAAUUUCCAGGCGAUGAAAUUAUCUAUAAAAUGUUGUUCAGUUUGAAAUUCCGUACGGAAAAAGUAAAACUCGUGUUGGAAAAUUACUAUACGAUAAAAGAUGUAUUCCCCGGAAUCUACGGAAACUUAGACCCAACAACGGAUACGUUUAGAAAACACGUGGACGCAGUGUAAGUAUAUACCUAUAGAAUGUCUGUUAUAUGUGUCGAAAUAUUUAAUAUACGGGUAACAUAAUGUAACACCAAUUAUUCGUAUCGUUAUAAUAAUAAAUUACAGUAAAACUAGAUAGACACGUGACCUACGCCGAUGACCUAAAAAUAUUCUAUUGGAUUUUAAUAAAAAAAAAAAAAAAACAAAAAAAAAACAAAAAAUAAAAUAUUAAUAUAAUAGUAAAUCAAAAUAUAGGUUUUCAUAUUAUGAAUUAGGUACAUAAUAUUAUUAAUUUUUGUUUCAAUAACAAAAUGGUCGGCUUUGGUUUAACGAACUCGAAUGUUAUGUUUUUGUUUCAAUUUUCGAAUACAUCUGAAGUCACGAUUUAAAUGAGUUUACUGUGCAAACAAAACGUAUACAGAAUAUGAGACGUUGAAGGUACGAAGUCUCUAAGGUUAAAAAAUAAAUAUUGGACUAUACAUUUAAGGGCCGUACUUACAAUGUCCGGUUAAGUGGCGGUAAAAGUGCCGGGUUACGGCGAACCGUUCUUACAACCUUCGAUUAACGAUCGUAUAACUAACCGGCCGUUUUAUCGACAGUGAUUCCCAAAACAACCGCCCAUGAUCAAAUUUUUUUGUUCUAUGCAUGCGCAUUUCUUGAGUUAUCAUGUAUUAUUGUUACUCUCAUCUAUACAGUCAGAUAAUUCGUUAUAAAUAAUACAAAUGUUAUAAUGUUUAUUUGUUUGUUUACAAAACUAAAUCCGCUGUUAUAAUAUUCAUGUUGAUUAUUGACAUAUGCUUCGUUACUUAUUUAACGUCUUAACUAUUUAAAACAUGUCGAUAAAUAAUAAGAUACUGUAGCAGUCAUUUUUCUACAGCGGAAGAGACUACGUUGGUCGAGUUGGCUGCAAAACCAACAAUUGUCUAAUAAUUCGAGGUAGUUCUUGCUGUUGUCGCCGCAACACAAAAAGUUGUAGGUACUUAUUGUCACGGCCAGAACAGCUGGCCUCAUACUGUAAUCACUAAGUGUUUUAUUUAUAUUAUUGUUAUUGUUAAAUUUGUUUAAAUGUGUCUUGUGAGUUAUAUAAUAUGUAGAUUACCUAGCGCGUUAUUGCAAGCCACCGCAUCGACUGUACAAAUAUUUUUUCACGGCCACCGCAAAUUUAGUCAAAUCGUUGGUCGCCAGUCGUACGAAAUACGGUACCUAUGAAAAUCGUGUGCUCGAAUAAACACUUUUUUUUUGUGAUAAUAUCGGCUUGAAUAGCGCAAUAGAUUGAUGAAAAAAGGGUUUGUACAAAAUCGCAUGCGCAAAUCGCCGUGAACAUUAUUAUUUUAUGUCAAAAUCGCGAGCGCUAAUCGUCACCACCGUUACCAUUUUGUUUAUAGUUUUUAAGUGUGUAUGUAACUAAAUUAUUUAGGUAUAGGUGCAGAACAGCUGGCCAGUCUACUCUCCACACAAAUCGUAUUUUUAUUUAUUAUUAUUGUUUGUUGAGCCAGAAGGGCUAAUUAUCAUUUUUUACUUUUUAUUUAUUACCAUGUUUGUGUUACUGUGAAUUGUUCUGAUUAAUUAUUUAUUUUAUUUUAAUUUCCAGCAAUACAGAUCUUAAUACCAUAUCUACAAUCUGAAUUUACCAUUUAUUUAUUUACUCCUUUUUUUUCUCAUAGUUUUUAAGUUAUAUAUUACACACCCACACGCAUACACAUUUAAACACAAAAACACAUUUUGCAGAACACGCAGUACCUAGCUCGACAGUAUUUGUCUGACGUUCCCGACCACUGCUGUUUGAGCUAGCACACCACUAUACAUCCAGCUGUUCUUUCAUAUUUUUAUGACCUAGGUGUUAGUGGUGCAACUGAGACUUAGGUGUCCGGGUGCACGUCAUAUUAUUUUAAGUUCUCAGCCCGUCUAUUUUUAGUGACCUCGACGUGAUAUUUUUUUUUUUGUUUUUCUUUUCUUUUCUAUUUCUUUUUCUUGUUGGUCUUCUCGUGUGUUAUUAUUUUAUAAAACACAAGGAUGCCUGGCUAGCAACAAUUAUCCUAAGAAAAAUAGACCAGAAAACAAAUUAAGAAUGGAUGUUGCGGCGAGCUGACACAAAUUUGCCAAAAUAUAUCGAGCUUCGAGAUUUCAUUUUAAGUUACUGUAUUUUUUUUGAGAGUUCCAAAACUUUAGAUACCAACGCGAAAGAAGAAGGGUCAGGAUAUCCAACGAGCGAUUCGAAUUUGAAGAAGUCUAAUCAUGUAGUUUCAAAGAAACACUCACAGCUUUAAUUGUUAAUGAAGCUAAAUGUAGUUGCUGUUUAGAAAUACAUAAGCUAUAUUCAUGUAAUAAGUUUAAGAAUUUGUCUAUAGGAGAAUGUGUUAUAGUGAUUCGAGAUUCGAAGUUAUGUUUCAACUGUUUUUCUUCGAGGCAUAUGGCAAGUAUAUGCAAAUAUAUUUAUGGUUGUCGUGUAUGCAACCGUAAACACAACUCAUUGUUAUAUUUCAACAAACCUGCAGAUUAUAAGCCAGUCAUCCAAGGGCAACAGACUACAACAGAUAAACCAGACGUUUCAGCUGCUGCAUCCAUACUUGGUGGGUUGGAUCAGAACUAUACAUUUUUGGCUACUGCUGUUGUUCUAGUCACUGAUAGGCGAAGGAAUCAGUGUAACUGUAGAGCUUUAUAGUGGCUCACAGGUCAACUUUAUAAUUUUUUUUAAUUUUGCCAAGGUACUGUGAUUAUAACGUAAAAAAUCUAAUUUAUCGUUCAGUAGCAUUGUUACCAACCAAGUUAAAUCGGUAUCCUAUGUUGAAAUCUUAAUUCAAUCAAGGUAAAGUGGUUACGGUGUUAAUUUGAUGUGCCACGUGCUGCCAACAAUCGUAAAUAAUUUGCCAUCGUGUGAAAUUCCAUGGGAAGGUGGGCAAAUUCCAGGUGAGUUGGUGCCACGUCUAGCUGAUCCAUCCUUUCAUAGUACAGGCAUAGUCGAUCUGUUAAUCAGUGGGAAGCUUUCUUUGAUGUGAUUUUACUUCUGUACCUCGGAUAUCAUUGAAUGUCAAGAACGCGUUUUUGAAUGACAAUCAGUUUGGAUAGAUUGUAACAGGGGAGCUAGCAAUCUUCACUUGUCUCACAGGAGUAAAUUAAUUUGGUAGGUUAUUGAAGGAUGACUGGAAGGUGAUUCUAGCAGAUAAAAAUGCUUAUGGUCAAGGAUUGAAGGACAAUCAGACGAACAGAGAACACUUCAAAAAUUCCGUGAUACGUUUCAGUGUGGCCAGCAAGGGAAAUUUGUUUUACUUUUGCCAAUUAAAGAAAAGCACAGACAUUUGGGAAGUAGUUUAGUAAUGGCAACCUCGAGAUUUUUCAGCAUUGAAAGAAGACUGCAGCAUGAUGAGUACUUGCGAAAAAAGUACAACUUCAUGAAUGAGUAUAUAGAAAUGGGCCAGUUGGGGUCAGGACGAGAUGAAUCCCAAGAAUGAAGCCAUGCAGUAUGCUUUUUACUUGCCGCAUUACCCAGUAAUAAAAUCGUCAAGUCUAACAACUAAAACAAGAAUUGUUUUUGAUGGUUCAGCUAGACCAUCGAUGGGUAUCUUACUCAAUAAUUUGUUGAAGCGCGGUCAAACGGUACAAGAAGUACUCACCUCCAUGAAGCACUUCGAACAUACGCUCUAGUCACUGUAAAGUAUGGCACAACAUCUGCAUCCUUCAUGAUUUCUUAAUGUCUUGUGGUUCUUGGAGAAGAAAUAGCAAAAAGAAAUACCAAGGCCGCGGAGGCCAUCUUACGAGAUUUUUACAUGGACGACUUAAUAAUGGCCUGUGAAACGGAACAUGAAUGUAUACGGUUACAUGAAGACAAAAAUAAUGUUCCAAUUCAACUUCAGUUGUUCAGUUGUAAAAUCGAAACGAUGCUUUUUUUUUACAUUAGAUCUAGGGGAUCUCGCUUGACAGUAUUUACCCGGCUUUUUUUCUGUUUUCUAAUUGCAAUAUUCAAUUCUAGACAUUUAAUUUUCGUAGUUUAAAUAAUCACUUUCAAUUAAACCGUAGUUAUAUAUUGCUUUUUUAUAAUUCUAAAAAUAAAGUAAAAACAAAACAAAAUGUAUAUACUAUACAGAUAAACUCAUAAAAUACAAAAUUAGUAGUACAGAAUAAAUUAUUACUAGUAACAAUAAUCGUAAAAUGUAUUGAUAAGUAUUGAUUGGUAACACAAUCGGAGAGACUUUAGCUUAACCGGAGGAUAACCAGCAGAAUUUCGUCGGUUAAAAAUCCGACCGUAAAAUCUCCAAUAAUCGAAGACUUUUUCCUUAACCGACAUAUGUAAGAACCAACUGUUGGUUAGAUUUAAAUAUAACUGCCAGUAAACGCUAACUGACACUUAACCGGACAUUGUCAGAACAGACAACUUAUAUUUGUAUUUAUUUUUCCCAUCAUAUCGGUUAAGGUUUAUACACAACAUCAAUUUAAAAUGAAAUGUUUACAGUUUGUAUGAUGAAAAAUCACAUUGUUCUAAUUUUUCGCGGUAUAUGCGACCAACUCAGAUUAUCCCAACCAGCGUAUGAUCUUCUCCAAUCUUCUUUGUUUACCACAGCCAUUUACCAAUCAUCUUCGUUUUUCAUUGUCUUUUUAAACUUGAUUGUUAUAUAGUUACAUGUUUCCGCUGCCUAAACUCACGCCGGACUUGAGCAGAGUGCUGUGUUACCGGAUGGCUACAACAGAUGCGAAAGCUUUUUGCAUGGACAGUCAACUAAAACGCAACGAAAUGAUUUGGAAUUGGUGUUUUGAAAAAGACCCUUUGACUCUAAGCAAUGUAUGGAUAUUCGAUUUGACAAACAUGGACACGAUGGCUCAAUGGGCGCAUUUUAAUAUAAGCUUUAUGAAAAGAGUACUCAAAAUAAAUUUGGUAAUUAAUCGAUUUGUAUUACUGACUGUAAAAUACCUAUAGAUAAAUUUAACAAUAAUAUUGUCAUUGAUUAUAAUGUUAAACAUUUUUAAAAAUCUAUGAUUAUCAACUAACCAUAAUUUUAUUUUAUAAACGUACAAUUUUUCGAUUUCAGGAAUCGAAACCAGUAAGAAUCAAAAAAGUUCAUUUUGUAAAUGUAUCGCCGAUAGCCGAAACUACACUUAAUUUUAUUAAACAUUUUGCCCCGCAAAAAUUUAGAGACAGGGUGAGUACCUAUCACUUAUAUUGAGUAAACAUAUAAGUUAAUCUAGCAAUUUAUUGUUGUACAAUUUGUAUAAUUAUAUAAUUGUAUGUAUUUAUUUCGUAGCUCAUAUUUAGCUCGAGUUUCAAUGGACUACAAGAAUAUUAUCCAACAGAAAUGUUCCCUAACGAAUGGGGAGGCAAAGCUGGUCAUAUAGAGGAACUAAAUCGUAAGUGUUCGUCAUCUGCAACUGUAUAAGUUUAUAAAUAAUCACUUGGGUACAUAAUUUUAUAUUUAAAAGUUUUUUUUUUUUAAGUGCUCAUGGACACAUGUUGUAAUAAUAUAAGUUCCAUUUUUUGUCAAAUUUAUCCCGAAAAUAGAGACUAUUUCAUUGUAUUGUAUUAUAUAUUACCUACUAUAUCAAUAUUUUUUUACUGAAUCUCUUAGAAAUUUUUAAUGGAUAUUUCUGGAUUAAAUGAGCUCAAACACGGUGAUUAGAUUUGUUUUGUAGGCGUAAUUUCAAUAGGAAUUUAACUAUGUUGUUUCGGGUGGAAGGUGGUUUUUGUCUAGCAUACCUCUGUAGAUUUAUAAAAUGAAGGCAUAGAGAGGAAAUUGUGUAUAUUAUGCAUUGUAGAAUCAACGAUUUAUCUUUUGGGGGUUUUAACUUUACGGGGGUAUUAUUAUUAUUUUUAAACUUUAUUAUGAUUACAGAGAGAAUGCAAGAAAACUUAAUCAAAAGCAAAAAUUGGUGCAUUGAAAUGGAACACAAGAAAGUGGAUUCUAGUAAACGGAUUGGUGAAUCCAAAAUUACUGACCAAUCAAUAAUGGGCAUUGAAGGGAAUUUCAAGAAAAUUAAUUUUGAUUAAACGACGUGAAACGAAAAAAUAACAAGGAGGGUUAAAAGAUCUUUACUUAUAGUUAGAGCUUGGGACUUUAUACAUUAAAAAUCCACAGAAAAGAACUUAAAAUCAUCAAAAGAGUCCUGAAAAAAUAUUUUAAAAGCAAAAAUUACAGAUGAUUUAUACAUAUACAAGUCCCUAAGUGGGGUUUAAAAUCCUCUACCCUCCUUAACGGCUUCUAACACUACAAAAACGAUUAACACAAGAUAUUUUAUUAAAAUACUUACAAUUUUAUUUUAAAACUUGUGUUAAUCAUUUUUAUAAUAUUCAAAAAUUAUUUUAUUUUAUAAGUUAGAACCGUUAGUUGGGGGACUUUUAAAAACAUUCUACCAUUCUGGUUUUUUUAAGUACCUAUGUUUUCAAGUUUUUUUUACGUUUUUGAUCGUUGUUUUUUUUUGUGAAUUAAAGUGCAUAAAGUCCUGCGCCCUGCUUAUAUAUUAUAUAAUAAUAUUAUUAUCUUAUAUUUAAAAUCCGUAAAAAUGUACCAAUGGAUUACAGUUAAAAAAUCCUAUUGGUAUUUGUUUUUUGACGAGAUACUCAGUAUUAUUAUUUUCGUCCUAAAUAUUAUAAAUUAGUUAUUAUCACUAGUUUGUACCUAUUUUUGUAAUAUAUAUAUAUAUAUAUAUUAAUAUAGAUAUGUAUAAUAGUGAAGUAUGUGAUACAAAAUAUUAAUUGAUUAUUAAUUAAUAAGUGGAUUUUAGUAUACAUUUUAUAUUUUUUCGAUUUAGCUAUCUUAUUAUAUACACUAUUAAUUAUUAAUUUUAUUUAGAAAAGUUUGUUUAUUGAAAAUAAAUAAGAAAAAAAAGUAAACAUCUUCACAAAUAGGUUCGGUUAUUUUGGUUCAUUAGGAUUCAACUAAAAUAUAAUGUACCUAACUUGCAGGGCCGUAUAAUGAAAAUAUUUGUAAUUCAGUAGAUUAAAAGUAGAAGUAUAAGUCAGUAGAUACUUAUAGAGUAUUUUAGGUGUCUAUAAUAAGAUAAUAUUAUGUUGUUUUAAUAUAAAUUAUAUUUAAUAUACCAUGAUCUAACUUAAAUAAAAUUAUUUCCCUUUAAAAUCGUGUAAUAUUCUAUUUGAAUCCAAAUAUUGUAAAAUUGUAUAAUAUUUGCGAUAAUAAUAUUUUGUACAUUUCAGUUUUAGGUUUUAGUUAAUUCAAUUAUAUUUAGUCAGUAAAAGAUACUUGUUUGUAUUACAUUUUUAAAUUAAAGUUAAGUUAUUUAUACUAAAUUUAAAAAACUCACAUCUGCAGGCCAAUGUUGUGCAAUUAUGCAGUUGAAAAUUUAAAAAAAUAAAUCUAAAUAACUGCU